GAGGGUCUGGUUCCCUUGAUGAGUGCACGAUUGUUUUCUGAUCUCAGUGAGAAGGUUCGUAAGGUUCUGGAAUCCUACUUUGGUCUGGAAUCACCCCUAUAUAUCUCCAGCUCAAACCUGGUCUGCCGAUCUGCCAUCGAGAAACAGGAAGAGCACACUGACUGUCUGCUUAUCUCAGAACUCAACAACUGUAUCACAGAGGUGUCAGCAUACAGCGAUCAAGGCUACAGUGCCAUUUUGUAUCUCAAUGACGACUUUGAAGGGGGAGAUUUUAUCUUCACUGAAUCGGAUGCCAAAAGUGUCUCU